AUGUCAAAAGUCCUCACUGUAGACGCUAUUUUGUUUGGGCUUUUGGUCUUUUCUGGCAUCCUGGGAAACAUCUUGGUCAUCCAUGUGGUGUUUCAGUCAGCCAGUGAGACCCCGGCGCAUAGACUCCCUCCUUCUGACACUAUUUUGGUGCACCUGUCGCUGGCUAACCUGUUGACCUCACUUUUCCGCACAGUGCCCAUCUUUGUGUCAGACCUGGGCUUGAAUGUGUCUCUGUCGCCAGGCUGGUGCCGAAUCUUCAUGUUGCUUUGGGUGUGGUGGCGAGCUGUGGGCUGUUGGGUGACUCUAGCACUUAGUGCCUUCCACUGCACUACCCUGAGGCGACAGCACGUGAGCUUUGGACCUCUUGCACAGCAGAGGGAGAGGCGGCGGGUAUGGAUUGUUCUGGGGCUGGUGUGGGGGGCUAACCUGGCCUUCUCUAUUCCGGCUCUGGUAUACAGCACCCAUGUUCACGGCAAUGCCACUGUGGAGCUGAUGGUGAUCAGCUGCACCACCAGGCCUUUGCUGGGCUGCAUCUGGGAGUUCCCCUCCAACGAGCAGGGCUCAGCUUUCGCCUCCACUUCUCUGGCACUUAAUGAGGUGUUGCCACUGGUGUUGAUGGUUUGCACUAAUCUGGCCACACUUCACGCUCUGGCCAAGCACAUCAGAGCCAUCACCUCAGGAGGAGAGUCAGGAGCAGCUCACGGAGAGCUGGAGAAACAUGUAUCCACUGAACGCAAGGCAGCUCAUGUCAUCAUGUCGCUGGUGUCGCUCUUUGUGGCCUGCUGGGCCCUACAGGUAGCUGCAGUGACAUACUACAACCACGAUGGCGGACACCAUGCUGAAGGGCUGCUGACCGUGGCCCAUUUUUCUGCCUCGCUGUUUGUAGGAUUCAGCCCGAUGGUGGUGGCCCUGGGACAUGGCAGGCUGAGGAGGAGAAUCAUGAGCAUGAUGUUGGGGUGGACCAAAGCUCUUAAAUGUCACAGUGAGGACACUGAGCAGGAGAGUAAAUCCCCAAAGACUAAAGGAAAAAAAGGAAAUCAAACCAUUUUCGUUGUUCAAAAAGAGAGGAAAGUCACUAAAGAAGAGAAAGUUAAAGCAAGCAAAUGA